AGCCUGAGAUGUCAGUGAUCACAAUUGAAUGAGGUCUGAUCAGUGCUUUCACACGUUCCUCGUCUGCUCUCGUGCGCUCAACAAAAUCUGUAUUUGGGGAGUCCGCAAGCAUCUGCACUACAGGAAAGGAAAAGGCAUCACUGACCUUGAAUAUAACGACGUUUUAUCUACUAGGCUAAUAUUGCACCUGAAUAUGAUGGAGUUUCCUACCCUGUCUGCGGCUGAUUUAGCCGACCUGUAUUCUGUGAUCCCUUUCAAUGCCACAUUGCCUGAGGAUUCUACAUCAAGAGGCAAUGACACCGAGAAGGGUUCUUCGAAGGACACCACAAGUAUUAUAAUCGCAGUAUCUAUAACUGCUCUCUACUCUAUUAUAUGCAUUGUUGGACUGCUUGGAAACAUCCUCGUUAUGUAUGGAGUGGUGAGAUACACCAAAAUGAAGACAGCCACUAACAUCUACAUCUUCAACUUGGCCCUGGCCGAUGCUUUGGCUACCAGCACUCUGCCCUUCCAGAGUGCCAAGUACCUGAUGAACACCUGGCCCUUCGGCGAGUUCCUGUGUAAAGUGAUCCUCGCCAUUGACUACUACAACAUGUUCACCAGUAUCUUCACCCUGACCAUGAUGAGCGUGGACCGCUACAUCGCUGUGUGCCACCCGGUCAGGGCCCUGGACUUUAGAACACCUGCCAAGGCCAAGAUGAUCAACGUGUGCAUCUGGAUCCUCUCCUCUGCCAUCGGAGUGCCCAUCAUGGUCAUGGCUGUUACCAAGGUGACAGACAAAGGCAAUACAGGCUGCAUGCUACAGUUUCCUCAGCCAGACUGGUACUGGGACACGGUGACUAAGAUUUGCGUGUUCAUAUUUGCCUUCGUGGUGCCAACCCUGGUCAUCACCAUCUGCUACGGCCUGAUGAUUCUCCGCCUGAAGAAUGUCCGGCUGCUCUCCGGUUCAAAGGAGAAAGAUCGGAAUAUGCGGCGCAUUACCCACAUGGUCCUGGUGGUGGUGGCAGUCUUCAUAAUUUGCUGGACGCCCAUCCACAUCUUUAUCAUCCUCAGGACCAUGGUGCAGAUCAACAGCACGAACCCCUAUGUGAUCGCCAGCUGGCACCUGUGCAUCGCGCUGGGCUACAUGAACAGCAGCCUCAACCCCCUACUCUAUGCCUUCCUGGAUGCGAACUUCAAGAGGUGCUUUAGUGAUUUCUGCCUGCCUUUCCGCUCGAACAUGGACCAGAGCAGCUUCUCCAGAGCCCGCAACUCCACGCGAGAGCCCACCACCGUGUGUCCCCCUAGAGUGUUGGUGAGGAAGCCUGUAUGACUAGGCAUGGAGCAGUGUCCUGGAGACUCCCGCUCACUGACAGUCCAGGCCGACUUACAGACUGAUGUCACACAGUUCUCCACAGAAUCCUGACAGUAGCUCUGGCUUUAGAACUACAGCACAAAACCCACUGCAACAUUUGCAUAGAGUGUGAUGUUACAUUUUUUGGCCUAUCCAGACAAAAACUAGAUUUACUCUUCCUCUAGCCUAACAUAGCAGGCAUAAAUUCCCCCAUCUGGGUUUCAGUGGAAAGGAAUCUACAGUGGCUUGCGAAAGUAUUCAUCCCCCUUGGCAUUUUCCGGUUUUUUUGCCUUACAACUUGGAAUUAAAAUAGA